AUGGUGUGGUGUCGGGGGCUUGUUGCCAUGGCUACAGAAGGUGACGGACAGAUCUCUCACCCUUUUACUUUCUCAUCUCCAGCAAAGAAAUCUGAGCCGUGUCCAGCUUAUGCUGUCUGCCCAGACGGCUGGAUCGGGCACCUGGGGAAGUGUUACUAUUUCUCAGAGGCUGAAGGGAACUGGACCUACAGCCAGAGACACUGCUCUGCCCUCGGUGCCUCCCUGGCUGUGAUUGACACCCAGCAGGAAAUGGAUUUCCUGCUGCGCUAUAAAGGACGCUUUGACCACUGGAUCGGCCUCUGGAGGGAACCACGCCAGCCCUGGAUGUGGACCAAUGGCACCAAAUUCAACCACUGGUUUCCAAUAGCGGGAGGAGACCUGUGUGCUUUUGCAAACUACAAUGGUAUUGCCAGUUCAGGCUGCUCCAGGGAGGGACACUGGAUCUGCAGCAAAGCAGCGGAGAAACUAGCAGGCACAGCAAAGUGAGUCGGGCCUUGUCCUGUCAAUGGGGCUGGCCCAAGCUGCCUCAGCGAGUGAGGAACUGGAUGGGGCUGGCGAAGGGGGACAGCCCAGCAGCAGGGAAGAGAGACGCUCGCUGAAGGACAUCAGGUAGCUCCUCCCUUGGAGCCUCUGGCCUCCAUUGGCCCAGUUGGGGACUGGGGUGAGGGUGCGGAUUAGCCAGCAGCCCCCAGCUCACUCUCUGGCACAGAGACAGGAACCUUUUGACUUGAAAAUCAGAAGGGGAGCAGCAAGCAGGAGCCUGGCCCAGGCUGUGGCUAGAGGCCAUUGUACUGGCUGGGGCUUUUGGGAGGUGCUGCAAACCCUGCAGCCAUGGGGCGAAGGGGCCGGUGUGAACCCUGCAGCCUGGGCCAAGGACACAUGAACUCUGCUGUACUGCGAGAAGGGCUGUUGUGCAGGCCCUGCUGAGCGCUGAGGGAGCAUGAAGAGAUGCCAGACAGGAGGGGAUUGCUGGGACGUGCUAGGACAGACGUGUGUGUGUGUAUACAUGUGUGUACAUAAUUAUUUGAAUAAUAAUAUACCA